CCAAUCCAAGCCACAUUACGAUUCUUAAUGUGGUUAGUCAUGAACAUUUGUUUUUAUAAGAACUUGUUAUAUGAAAUAUAAUGAUUUUAAAUUUUGUUUAGCUAUUGUUUGAAAGUAAGAAUCAAUCAGAUAUUACAAUGAAGACCAAACCUACAAGACAUAAAGAAACAAAUACUUUUAAGUUCAAACCUUUUUCUGAAAGAGUAGAUCAAAUUGAUGUAGAUGUUUUCCACAAAGUUAAUCAUAGAAAUGAAGAAGUUUCUGAUGAGGCUGAAAGUUAUUUUCAUCAGUGUCUUCAGAAAUGGAAUUUUCUCAAUCUUUCAGAGAAUUACAUUAAUUUAAGAAAAGAAGUAGCAAACGUUAUAACCUUACCACAACUAUUAAAUCGAAAACAAUUUGUAAUCGACACAUUAUUGAAAUAUUUAAAAUUGAAGGAUCCUUUAUGUUUACAGAGUGUAUUAGAAUUAAUUAUAUCUUUAGCUAAAGAUUUACAAGCAGAUUUUUACAAUUACUUUCCAAAUUUUUUGGAAGCUAUCAUUGAUUUAUUGCACACAAAUCAUGCUGAGCAAUUAGAACAGGCAUUUACUGCUCUAGCUUAUUUAUUCAAAUUUUUAUGGCGUUAUAUGAGAAAAAAUAUUGGGAUAAUCUUCAAUUUACUUGUACCUUUACUAGCUGAUACAAAGCCGGCUUAUAUCAACAAUUUUGCAGCAGAAAGCUUUGCUUUUGUUGUAAGAAAAGUUCAAAACAAAGAAGCUUUUAUUAAACUUGUUUUGACAGCUGUCGAUAAAAAUCAAAAUGGAGCAGUUGGUUGUGGAAAGUUAUUGUUUUAUGUAUUGGUUGGUCUUCCGGGUCAAUUUCAUUCAUGUGCUGAGUCUAUGCUCACUGUUUAUCUUGAAGCUCUUCAAAAUUCUCAAAUCAAUCAAGAUUUGUUACAAAAGAUUUUAUUUACCUUAUUUGAUUGUAUUGUCAAGGAAAUACAUCCACAAAAAUGUGAUAUUUUGUGGACUGUUAUUUCUAAAAUGAUAGAUAAGUUUUCAGACAAAAGCUUGAUUAUCCUACUGAAGUUGAUUCAAACUGUUAUUAAUCACAAAGGAGGAAAGAUGAUGAAAGAUGUAGUAUUUUGGGCAAGAAAGUUGGCUGAAUUGAUUGAUAAAUAUCACAAUAAUCAAGAAAUUUUGAUGGAAGUUAUAAAUGUUUCUGUUGCAAUUUUUAUUGCACCAAAUAUCAACAUGUUGCAAGAAACUUCUAGUUUUUUGAUUUUAAAGCUACUGUCAAUUGAUAAUCAAGAUUUAAUACUGAAACUAGCAGAAAUGUUGAUUCCAUAUUCUUCAUUUGAAACUUUAGUAUUACCAGCAAUAUUGAAGAAAAGUAUGUUUGCUUCAUUAAGUGAAGAACAAUUAAAGCUUUUAGUUAAAAUUAUUGAAGUAAAAUCAUCUCCAUCAUUGGAUGGUAUAAGUUUAGGCAGAUGGAAAAAAUAUGGUUUGAAAAUCCAAGGUGAUAAAAAUAUAAAGUUUUUAUCAGAAACUUUGGAUUCACUAAAUACUGGUGAAAUCAAAGAAAAUGCUUUAAGAGUUUUAAUUUUAUUACCUCAUUUGACUAAUUUGCAAGAGCAACUUAGCGGCAAACUUACGCAAAUUAUUGUAUCAUUGUACAAAAGGUUGUUUGAAAAAAGUAACACACAAUCUAAAAUCAAUUUUGCAUUUUUGUUAGCUAUUGAGUGUGCAAUUCACACAAUUGAUGCUGCCAAUUUUCGUAAUCUUCUAAAUGAGUUUAUCAUUAAAGAUGAAAUUCUGUCAAUAGUGAAAGAACAUGAAAAUGAUUUGUCUAUAUUGAAUGCAGUUGAUCUUAUUUUGAGUUAUUUGAAAAAUUCUAAAAGUACAGAGGAUUAUAUAAAUCAGAUUAAUUUUGAUAACCUUCAUGAGUUAUUAGCUCCAAAGUUAGGUUCACCAAAUCCACUUAUUCGCUUAACAACAUCGCAUCUAUUUUCAUUGUUUAGUUACGUACCUAAUUUAACACACGAGUCCAAUGAUCCCAAUGUAAAAAAUGCCAUCGAGUUGCCUUACUUGGCAGAAAGUGAAGCCAUUACCAUACAAACGUAUCGCCAGAGAUUACUGCUUUUACAAGCUCUCGAAUUUUCUGGAGCUAGUAUAAAUCAUUUAAAUUCGAAAUAUUACGAUAUUCCACUACAUUAUCUAUUUGGAAAUUUAUACGUGAACUUCUCGUUGUUGUGGAAACCAGUGAGUCAAAUAAUAGCCUCUUAUGCUACAAAAGAGUGUCCGCAUUACUGGCCAGUAUUCCUCGUAAAGCUAAAAUCUGAAGAGAUUACAAACGUAGCCGAGGCACCCAAUUUCGAGUGUGAGAUAUUAUCGAAACUAGCUGCGAAGGUGUUUGCUGUCUCGGACAAAAUUGAUCAUGAUAAUUACAACCAACUAUUGUGGAAAAUAAUGGGACUUACAACUUCUUAUUGUGAAGUCAAAAACAGAGAUUACGUUCAUUUAUUCAUUGAUUUUGUCGAGAAUAACUUUUUUAAAUCGAAUUCUGCAGAUGCCAAAUCUUGUAACAUCAAAAAGAAAGAAAGACAAUCAUUAGCUGAAGAUAAUAAGGACGACUCCGGAAAAAUUACGAUGAAAAACUUUGAAAUGGAACUCGAUGAAAAGAACGACGAGGAAUCUAAAAAAACUGAUGAAGAUCAAUCUAACACGAAAAAUGCUGAGGAGACAUAUAAAGUGCAAUUUGGCAGAACUGAGCGCAUAAAAUUGUUAUUAGCAAUGUUAGAAGUUUUUGGAAAAUUCACCAAUACUCGUUCUUUAUAUCGCGAGCCUGAAAUUUUGAAAAUCUAUCUAGAAUUACUCUCCUCAAAGAACUAUGAGAUACAGCGAGCAGCACUUACGUGUUUAUAUACUUACAAGUACAAAUAUUUGUUACCCUACAAGGACCACUUGGAUAACAUAGUUACCGAGAAGAAUCUUAAAAAUGAGCUCACUCGUUUUCAUGUCAGUGUCGAAGAAGGUGCUGUGCUUCAGCAAGAACAUCGCGAAGGCUUAAUGCCGAUUCUCAUGAGAAUCCUUCAUGCAAAAAUGUCUCAGAGGGUGGGCAUGAGGACUGGCGGUAAGGCUGGAGGGAUAGUGAGAAGGAAGACUAUUUUGAGAUUUUUAGCCGGGAUCAAGGAAGAUGAAAUGAUGCUUUUUGUGAGAAUGGCAUUCAAACCUUUUGAAAAUCAUCUGCCUAUACUGAACAUCCAAGCAGAAGAGCGACACGACGUAGAUCUUGUAAAAAUGGUUCACGAUGUUAUCAGUAAUAUCAAUUUGGAAACUAUCGUUCCGCCAAAGCGUCUUCAAAGCGCUGUGAAUCUGUUGUCCAUCAUGAUAGAACAAUUUGGUGGAAAGAUGACUAAAAUACUACUGCCGCACUUACUUGCUAUUCUCAUUUGUAUCUUAGCUCAGGUUGCAGGUAUUCUCUCCAGAUCCUUGGAAGUACAUCCAGGCCAUUUGACAAUCGUGCGCAAUGUUAGAAAUAAUUGCAUUAACGCUUUGGCAAGAUUUUUUACUCGCUACGAAAACUACGACUGGUCAAAUAAAGAAAUUGAUGCUUUGUUGGAUGUUGCGGUAUUCCCAUGGAUAGAUAAACUUCCAAUCGAAGCUAUUCAUAGUCCCACGCCCUUAUUAAAAAUGUUGGCAGCCUGGGCUUAUAAUCCUCGAUACUAUCCUCUAUUUGUUAAAUUAAAUAAGAACGAGAAAACGCCACUGGUUUUCAUGAUUCAAUUGUUGCUUGGAGCAAAGACACAUAAGUCAGUUCAAAAUACUAUUCUCGACAUGAUUGAAAAAAUGCUGACUUUGCAAGAUUACGAGAAAGAAGACGCCGAACAGAUGGAAAUUGAUGAAGAAAAAUCUAAAUCGCUGAUACAUGUUGUCGACAACAAACUGAACAUAAUAAAAAAUGAUGCAAUUAAUUAUGGCUCAGCGAUGCUUCUUCCUCACGUCACGGAUAUUUUAGCAUACGUUGAACGUCAGCUCAAGAGACAUGUUAAGCAAGGAGCGACCAGGACUGAGCUAACAAUUCUUUCUCGCAUCUCCGAAUUUGCCAACGAUCCAGUAACGUGCGAUACCCUUCUAACUCUUGUUCUUCCGAUUUUGCAUAGAAAGUCUAAUGACUCCGAGGAAGUCGUAGUUCAGUUGCUUACGACUGUCAUGAAUCUUGCAAAACGGGUGGAGAAACCGGUGGCACAUUUGAGGCCCAUACAGCAUUUAUUGGCUCAAAUUAGCGCAGCUCCACCAAGGAAAAUGUUGAUGCAGGUGUUAGAUGUCGUUUGUAAAGGAGACAUAGCACUGCAAAAGAAUUUGGAUAUUCUAGUAAAUCUCAAUGCUUAUGAUAAAAGAUGGAUUGAUCAACCUGAUUUUGAAAAAAGGUUGGACGCUUUCAUGCUAAUAGAUCAGAUGAUCGAGAUAAAUGAAGUAUCUUUAGAUCUGGGAGUGGCUGUUAUUCUAAAUUGCUUUUUUUUCCUCAAAACUGAAAAUGAUUUAGCCAUGAGAGACAGAUCAGGACAUUGUCUGAAAUUAAUGGGUGUUCAUUUAGCCAAAAAAUUCAACGAAAAUAAUGAUAGAAAAUUUUUAAUUGAAGAUACGAUUAUUUCUUUAUUACGUCAUGGAAUACGAAGUAAAAAUGAGAAUGUGAAGAUGCAGUCGAUUGCAUUUUUGGGUCACAUGGCGAUGGAAUGUCCAGAGUCUCAUCUAAUUUUCAGAGAUUUGAAUCAUUUUACGAAUAAACAGGAUCCGGAAGUGGACUUUUUCGAAAAUAUGCAACACUUGCAAUUGCAUAGAAGAGCUCGCGCACUUGAUAGAUUUUGUAAAAUUGCCAAAACUUUAGAAAAAGCGUUAAAUCCAAGGACACUAACGCAAUUCAUUAUGCCACUCGCGACUUCGUACCUAUGCAACGAAAGAUUUACUGGCAAAAAUAGUUUAAUAGAUUCUGCAAUAGAAGCUGUGGGAGUAGUUUGUAAACUAUUGCCGUGGAAUCAAUAUGAAAUUAUUCUUAGGCAUUAUUUGGACAAAUUAAGAAUAAGUAGCGAAUUUCAAAAACAAAUUAUUAGAAUUGUUGUAGCUAUAUUGGAUUCUUUCCAUUUUGAUAUAUCAAAAUAUAAGGAAAUUCAAAACAGUUGUACAUCAGUCGCUGAGAAAAAUGUUUUAGAAACUGAAAGCGAUAAGCUCGAUUCCGAGAAAAUUGAUGAGACUUUGAAACCACAGGUUCCAGAGUCUAUUACAGAAAAAGUGGAGGCAGAAGAGAUUACAGAAGAAAAUCUCCUUGAAGCUUUGAACGAAGACAGUAAUAAUGAAAUAGUAGCAGAGACGAUAGAGGAGCUUGCGAAAAUUGUUCCAGCGUAUGAGAAACAAACAAUACUCUCGCCAUACAUGACUAAACGUUUGGUUUUUAGCCUCACCAAAGGUCUGCUACCUCAGUUGCACCGAUCGAUUGCUACGAGAACUCGCCAUGAAGGCAGUCAUAAAGCCAACAAAAAGAGUGUUAUGGCUGAACAGGAGGAGGAAGAGCUGAUGAGAAUACCGAUCGCUUUAGCUAUGAUAAAGUUACUGCAGAAACUUCCUUCUGACAUGCUUGAAGCUAAUUUGCGAGGAAUUUUUAUGAAAAUCUGUACAUUCUUAAAAUCUCGACUGGAGUCCGUGCGGCGAACAACUCGCGAGAUUUUAGAAAAAAUCAUGGUCACGUUAGGUCCAGAUUACUUACAUUACUUGCUCAAAGAAAUGAAUGCUUUACUAACUCGCGGGUACCAGGUGCACGUGUUGUCGUUUACUAUGCAUGCGGUAUUGGUGUGUCUAAAGCCUUUCUUAAAGCCACAACAUAUGCGUUCAAAUUUACAACAUAUCUUGAGCGUCUGUAAAAUUGAUUUAUUUGGGUUAUCCGCCGAAGAAAAAGAAAUUGCGGGUAUUGUGAAAAGUGUAUCGGAAGCUAGAUCCACUAAAAGUUUCGAUAUACAUCAUAUAUUUGGAGAAUUCGUUGACCAAGACUGCUUGAUAAAAGUAAUGGUGCCUUUGAAAGAAGUGCUUUCACGCGCUCGUUCGCACAAAACUGUACGUAAGGCCACCGAAUGUUUGAGGCAAUUGGGUUUGGGACUUGCAGACAAUAAAUUUAUAGACAUGAAACACAUGUUGACUUUUUUGCAUGGUAUAACUAGCCAAAGUAUUCCGCAAUUGAUGCCUGAAAAUAAAAAGAAACAGCUGCAAGAAGCUAAAAAAGAAAAUAACAAAAAGUCCGCACUGUAUCAACGCCCCGAUAUAUUCCUCAUUGCUCCACCUACAAAAAAUAGAAUGGGUAUCAAAGCUGAAGCUAAGAGCUCCAGAGACACUAACGAUCACGUUUUAGUUGAAUUCGGAAUGAGGCUAUUUCACAUACUUUUGAAAAGAGACAAAGUCAAUGACCCCGAAUGUAAAACAUUGCUGGAUUGUUUUGUACCGGUGCUAAGUGAUUGCUUGAUAUCACAACAUGUUAAGCUCAGCACAUUGGCACUACAAUGCUUAAACUGGAUUUUGAAAAUGGAUCUCCCGCAAGUACACGCACAAGUGACCGAAAUAUGCAAAUCGAUUUUCGCUAUUUUGCGAAAAUAUCCGGUAGCUGGUUUAAGUAAAGGCGAUACCUACGACUUGGUGAUGGCUGCUUUCAAGACAAUGUCGGUACUUGUGAGGGACGUAAAACACCAUGAAUUAACGCCCGAACAAUUAACAGCCUUGUUGCUGUACGCCGAACAAGAUUUGCACGAGAGCGACAGGCAGGCAACGGCAUUCAGCCUGUUAAGAGCUAUAAUUUAUCGAAAAUUAGUAGUACCCGAGAUGCAUUCGGUUAUGGAAAAGGUCGCUGAUUUGAGCGUUACCUCCGAACUAGAAAAUGUAAGAAAGUCUGCUCGUGCAGUAUUCUAUUCUUACCUGAUGGAUUAUCCAUUGGGCAAAAAACUCGAAGAGCAUAUCACUUUUUACGUAGCACAGUUGGAAUACGAACGGCAACCUGGUAGGCUUAGUACCAUCGAAAUGAUUUACAGCAUUGUAUCUGGAUUUCCUCCAAAAGUGUUGGUCAAGCACAGUAAAGUUAUAUUUUGCACAGUGGCCUUAAGGUUGGUCAAUGAUGAGGAUACUGUUUGUAAAAAGGCUUGUGGUAGGAUCCUUCAAGAAUUAAUAGAUCGUCUCUCUCAUGAUCAAAGAAAGAAACUCUACGAUAUGGUUAUCGACUGGCUUAAGAGCAAAAAAUUAGUUCAAAGAAGACUAGGUGCACAAGUUUGUGGUAUUUUUGUAACUGUAGAAAAGGAGAAAUUUCAGUCAAAACUCGACAAUCUUUUGCCGCUUCUGGCAAGGCAAUUCCUUUUGACUGAUGAUUUCGAGGACGAUAAUGAGCCAGGACAAUUCGUUAGAAUCAAGAAACAAGUUGAAGGAAUAAAAAAAUCUGAAACAUUGAAAGACGAAAGAUUGGAAGCACAUCAUCUAUUUUUCGUGUUGAAAUUAUUGAUGAAACUCUCGGCGAACUGUUCCGCGUUUUUGAAAAGCGAUCACAUCGAUACGUUUGCCGAACACAGUCAGUCGCUACUCGGACACUCACAUUUGUGGGUGAGGUUAGCAGCCGCUCAGUUUCUUGGUUUUAUUCUGGCUUCUUUAGACAUCGACAAAAUUAUUCGACUUUUGAACAACCCAGCGGAAACCGAAUCUGAAGAAGGAUUUAUAUACUACAAUCCGGUUGAAAAACUGAAAAGUUUGAUAUUAGAUUUUACGUCACAGUUGCAGCCAGAUGUACAAAUACCUGGAAUUGACGAGUUUUACGAUCAAGUUAUUAAGAACUUGGUAUUUAUCGCGAGACUUUUGAAAAUUUCAAGCCCCAAGCAAAAAGAGCAAGAGAACGAAGAUAAUGAAAACGACGGCGGCAAUCAGUUGACGCUUCUUUGGCUCAUGAAAAAACUGAGAAAGUCUAUUAAUUUCGAAGUGUCAACUGCUCCUAAAUCGACCGAAGUUCGAUCUUCAGUUUUCAAGUGGAUGGCUGGCGUGAUUGCGACGAUAAAUAUCGAUUUAUUGCGACCUAUACUCUUUCACUUUAUGUCUCCACUAGUUCGUGAAUUAGAAACAAAGGACGAAUUGAAUGCUCCGUUGCGCCAUUUGGCUAAAGACGUUGCAAUGAUGAUCAAAAAGAAGAUGAGCGUCGACGAGUACACCCAAUUACUUAAUCAAGCGCAGCGACGAUUAGAUUCACGUCGAGCCGAAAGAAAGAAAGUUCGAUCUCAACAGUACAUCACCGAUCCAGAAUUGGCGGCCAAGCGAAAAAUUGCCAAACAGCAGAAGAAGAAGGAGGCGAAAAAACGAAAGAUGGAUAACAUUAAGGGCAAGAAGAAUGUUCGCAAACGAGCGAAGAAAGAAGUCGAUAUGGAAGAGUAGAAUAUCAUUAAAGAAGAAAAACAAAGAACGUUAAAUACUUGAAAACUGUGAUAAGUUUUUAGGAUAUUAUUGUACAUAUAUAUUGUUAUGUAAACGAA